UAAAGGCAAAGAGAGACCCACAAGUUAUCGUUGUGAUCACUGCAAGAAAGUCCUCACCACUUCAUCAGGUCUGAGAAAACAUAAGAUGAUUCACACUGGAGAUAAACCGUUCACUUGUGAACAGUGUGGAGCAGCUUUUACCAGAAAAUAUCAUCUAAAGAUUCACCAACGUAUUCACACUGGAGAAAAACCUUUCAGUUGUGAUCAGUGUGGAGCAGCUUUUACCCAACAAAGUAAUCUAAAGAUUCACCAACGUAUUCACACUGGAGAAAAACUGUUCACUUGUGAUCAGUGUGGAGCAGCUUUUACCAGACAAGAUAGUCUAAGAACUCACCAACGUAUUCACACUGGAGAUAAACCGUUCAGAUGUGAUCAGUGUGGAGCAGCUUUUACCACUUCAAGUCACCUGAAGAUUCACCAACGUAUUCACACUGGAGAAAAACCAUUUAGGUGUGAUCAGUGUGGAGCAGCUUUUACCAGAUCAAGUGAUCUAAGGACUCACCAACGUAUUCACAGUGGAGAUAAACCAUUUAGGUGUGAUCAGUGUGGAGCAGCUUUUACCCAACAAAGUCAUCUAAGGACUCACCAACGUAUUCACACUGGAGAUAAACCGUUUAGGUGUGAUCAGUGUGGAACAGCUUUUACCACAUCAGGUAGUCUAAUGAUUCACCAACGUGUUCACACUGGAGAUAAACCGUUUAGAUGUGAACAGUGUGGAGCAGCUUUUACCAAAUCAAGUGAUCUAAGGACUCACCAACGUAUUCACACUGGAGAUAAACCGUUUCGGUGUGAUCAGUGUGGAGCAGCUUUUACUGAGUCAGGAAAGCUAAAGAUUCACCAACGUACUCACACUGGAGAUAAACCAUUCACUUGUGAUCAGUGUGGAGCAGCUUUUACCAGACAAGAUUGUCUAAAGAUUCACCAACGUAUUCACACUGGAGAUAAAUCGUUCAGAUGUGAUCAGUGUGGAGCAGCUUUUACCACAUCAGGUAGUCUAAUGACUCACCAACGUAUUCACACGGGAGAAAAACCGUUUAGGUGUGAUCAGUGUGGAGCAGCUUUUACCCAACAAGGUCAUCUAAGGACUCACCAACGUAUUCACACUGGAGAUAAACCAUUCAGAUGUGAUCAGUGUGGAGCAGCUUUUACCCAACAAGGUCAUCUAAGGACUCACCAACGUAUUCACACUGGAGAUAAACCGUUCAGAUGUGAACAGUGUGAGGCAGCUUUUACCAGAUCAAGUCAGCUAAAAAAGCACCAACGUACUCACACGAGUGAUAAACUCUAAAGAUGUGAUCAGUGUGAAGUGUGGAAUUGCAAAAAACACCUCUGCACAGCAAACAAAGCAAAAUAAUCAGACAACAUCAUACCUAAAACUUGAAAGACUAACAUAUGAUGCCCCCUGGACACCUCCUGGGAAGGUGUUCCUGGCAUGUCCCACCAGGAGAAGAGCCAGGACACACCGGAGGGAAUGUCUUUUGGCUGACCUGGGAACGUCUCUGGAUCCCUCCAGAAGAGCUGGAGGAAA